UGAGCCCUUUUGGGGGCUCUAAGCAGGAGGGGGUUGGGUGUUGGAGCCCUCCCUGCUCAUGGAACCGUUGGGAAGCAGCAUUCCCUGAUGGCAUCUGCUGGGAUCAUCCCUCAUCCCAUUGGGAUCCGGAGCUUUCCCAGCCCCUUUCCCCCCCCCCCACCAGUGGUUUUGGGGCCGAUCUCUUCUUCUUCCUCCUCCCUUUCCUUCCCCUUGGCCGGGCCCAUAUAAAAGCCGGUCGGGAUCGCGCCGGGCACGGGGCUGCAGCACCGGGACACAGGAGCUCCAGGAUGGACUUGGACUUCUCCUUCCCCAACACCACCUCCAAUGACUCCCUAUGGGACAUCUACGACAUCUCCGACCUGGACUCAUUCUCGGUGCCCCCGGGAUCCCGCGCGGUGCUGGCCCUUUACACCCUCAUCUUCCUCCUCGGCGUCCUCGGCAACGGCGCCGUCAUCUGGGUGACGGCAUCUGAGCUCGGCCGCAGCGUCAACGGCAUCUGGUUCCUCAACCUCUCCGUGGCCGACCUCCUAUGCUGCCUGGCACUGCCCUUCCUGGCGCUACCGCUAGCCUGGGACCACCACUGGCCCUUGGGCCGCUUCGCCUGCAAGCUGCUCCCGUCGCUCACGGUGCUCAACAUGUUCGCCAGCGUCCUGCUGCUGGCAGCCGUCAGCGCCGACCGCUGCGCCCUGGUCACCCGUCCCGUCUGGUGCCACAACCACCGCUGCCCGCGCCUGGCGCGCGCGGCGGCCGCCGGCGCCUGGGCCCUGGCCGCGGCGCUGACCGCGCCGUCCUUCGCCUUCCGCACCACGCGCCGCGACGCCUUCGCCGCCAAGACCACGUGCGUGCUGGACUACGCGGCGCUGGGCCGGCACCAGCGCCUGGCCGAGCUGCUCACCGCCGGCACCCGCUUCGUGCUGGGCUUUGCCGUCCCCUUUGCCGUCAUCGCCGCGUGUUACGGCUCCCUCCUGGCGCGCAUCCGCGGUAAGGGUUUGGCGCGGUCACCGAGAGCCACCAGGCUGGUGCUGGUUGUCAUCGUCAGCUUCUUUGUGUGCUGGUUGCCAUACCAUGUGGUGGGGCUCAUCCUGGCCGCGUCCCACCCCAGCAGUGCCCUGUACAAAGGGGCUGCCGAUGCCGAUGCCGCCGUCGCCGGCGUCGCCUACAUCAACAGCUGCGUCAACCCCAUCAUCUAUGUGGUGAUGGGGCAGGACUUCAAGGCAAGGCUAUGGCGCUCGUGGCGUGUGGUGCUGCGCAGGGCGCUGAGCGAUGACCCCACCAGCACCGCGGGUGACAGCAGGGCCAAGAGCAAGGCUACCAUAGAGGACAACAGCGUCAGCACCAUGGUGUGAGCGCCGGGGCAGGAUGAGGCCUCCUUGUGUCCCCCCCCCCUUUGGGGGGAUGGGGAUGAUGCUGUGGUACCCACACUGCAUCCUCCUGCUUCUCUAUCCUCCAUAGACCUCCCCAUCUCCAUCACCCCACUAAUGGGGUCCUGCCUCCCCAUCACCCCACUAAUGGGGGUCCUGCUUCUCCUUCACCCCACUAAUGGGGGUCCUGCUUCUCCAUCACCCCACUAAUGGGGGUCCUGCCUCUCCAUCACCCCACUAAUGGGGUCCUGCCUCUCCAUCACCCCACUAAUGGGGGUCCUGCCUCUCCAUCACCCCACUAAUGGGGGUCCUGCCUCUCCUUCACCCCACUA